GCUGUUGGCCUCUCUGGCAAUAACAAAGCCGAGGUGUCAGCACUGCCUCGUAGUUAGUCAUGGGAGCCUUGUUUGGAAAAAGUAGUAAAAAGACGGCUCCUAGCCGGAUUACCGACCAGGACAAGGCGGUGCUGCAACUAAAGCAACAGCGGGAUCGGCUCAAGCAGUACCAAAAACGAAUUGAAACGCAGUUGGAGAAUGAUCGACUUAUGGCCAGGAAGUGCCUUCAGCAAGGUCGCAAGGACCGUGCAAAACUGUUGCUGCGCAAAAAGAAAUACCAGGAAAGUCUGCUGACCAAUGCCGACAAGCAACUGGAAAACCUGGAGAAGCUGGCCUCCGAUCUAGAGUUUGCCCAGGUGGAAAUGAAGGUGCUAGAUGGCCUCAAGGCAGGUAAUGCGGCUCUAAAGAAGGUGCACGACAUGCUGGACAUCGAUGAGGUAGAACGAAUCAUGGACGAAACGCGCGAGGGCAUCGAAAAGCAACAGGAAAUAGACGCCAUACUGACAGAUGUACUGACCACGCAAGACGAGGAGGAUGUCCUGGCCGAACUGGAUGCCCUCGAGGCGGAAGAGGAGCAACAGAAGCUGCCCGAGGUGCCCACCGACGAACUGCCUAUUCCCGUCGAGGAGCCUGAGAAGACCAAAGCAACCAGCAGCAAACCCAAGAAAGUCCUGGUUGAGGCCUAGAUCAUAAACUAAAACGAUACCAAUGCCAUUUUUGUAUGUAUAUAUUGCCGUGAAACUAAAUUUUUUGAUAAGUCCAAUGUGAAAUACAUAUUUUAAUAGACUAUGCUUUCCCUCAGGAAACGGAAAACAAA